CAUCCUAAUCACUCUCUGAUAUGCACACAGACACUAAUCAAUGAAUACGACAACGAGAUCGUGAAACUGAGAAAGGACUUACACGCUGCAAGAGAGAAGAAUGGGGUGUAUCUCUCACAAGACACAUACAAUGAACUGCUACAAAAUUUGGAGCUCAAGAACACAGAAAUCGCCGAAUGCCAGAAUGACCAGAAAGCGUUGGAAGGUAAGCACCUGCAAAUCUCACAACAAAACCCUAAAACCCUAAAACCCUAA